AUGAGCAAACCCACGAAUUCAAACGUAUGUCAAGGUGUAGAUGCGGUCGUGUAUGUGAUGACCAUGAUGACAAAGGGGGCUACGGAACGAAGGAAAGCUUUGAGAAACGUCGUUUUCAAUAAGGUAGCCAGAGUUUUCUUGUCAUGAUUUGAUCAUUCCAGACCAAUCUCCCUUCCAAUUACACCGUUCUCCAUCGUUAUGUCGUUGGCAGAUAUCCAGUUGAAAGGGAAUAUCAGAAGCGCAUAAUAGAGGAGAUAACCGAAUUCGAUGACAUUAUCAUGUACAAUAUCGAGGAGAAUUAUCGUAAAAAUUACAUAAAAUGGCAUACUAUGCAUGCUUGGCACAUGAGACAUUGCCCUCAGGUCAAAUACUUUACCAAAAUGGAUGAUGACGUCAUAAUUUAUUUGAAAAGACUGUUUCAAUGGGUGGAUAUAAGGUUUGGCGAGAUAACAAAGGGAAACAACAAGUAUAUUGUGUGCAAAGUAAUGUCAGCAGCUGAUGUUUUAAGAGAUUCCAACCACAAAUCGUAGGUUCUUAUCACGUUUGCAGGGAGAUAACAGAUUUCUAUCUUUCGAACAAUUCAAUGAACCCACAUAUCCCGAAUAUUGUGAUGGCCCGGUGGUUUUUACGACGAAUGAAACGAUUGCUGACCUUGUUCAAGCCUAUGGCAACAUGACUUAUCUCUCGAUUGAUGAUGUGUAUUACACUGGGGUAGUACGACAAAAGGCCGAAAUUGAAAUGGUUAAUUUUGAAGGAUUUGACGGGAGAGGGAGAAGAUGUUCGGCUCUUAAAUUACCCUAUUUCACCUCGAGACAUGGCAAAGAAACUGUGGAGAAGAUGAUUAGGACGUUGGAGACCAUGAAGAAAGUCAAAUGCUGA